AUCUCUGAGCAGAGUUAUCCAGCUGAGGGCGGUGAGGGUCACAGUUGUACAAACUGCGAGAUGACAUUGGUCUGACACCCCUCCCGCUUUCGUCUGACCCAGUGCUUCCGUUCGGCGCAUUCCAUUGCUGUUUCGGACACACGAUCUUCACGAUAGUGACCGCUGAGGUAGCAUUGCCACUUCAGAAAAUCUGGUGCUGACCCUCCACUGUUCCAUCCUCGUGGAUGGUCCCUUGUUACCGUUCAUCGGAUGUUCAACCGUACUAGUGUUCAGCUAACGGCUCAAUGGGAGAGUUUGCUCUGAUCUUUUAGGGAUGUGAUUGCCAAUGACGACACCGGGAGCAGAAACAAAGGGUUUCUGCAAAGCUCCGGCCUUGACUAAACCAACCUUAAAGCCGCUCAGGUCGGAUUACGCAGCUGGCCUAGGUACCGCUGGCACUGGGCAAAAAAGCCACCCCAGGGGCCUAGUCGAUUCUUUCCAUUUGCAUCUGAAUUACCAGAGAGAGCGAGGUGGGAGUAGAUUAUCUCGCACUGCUUUCCAAUCUUCGACUUGCUAUCGCGACCUCAUACCAUACACUUUCUGUGCUUCCAUUGAAUCAGCCGCGCCCUUCACAACACAACGCGAGGUCUAAGACGGAGAUGCCCAGCUUAACGUGACAAAAGAGUUCGGAAGCCGCCGGUGGGAGUUUAGUCACUGCUGAUGCUGUCCAGUGUCUGGACCAAUUCGAACUGAAACUAUCUAGCCAAAGACACAACUCCUGGCUACCCAAAAAAGUUUUUGUUUUGACGACCAAAUCACAUACGCACACAUAGACCCCGCCAAACCUCAAAUCCAGCCAUCUUGGGCUCGCGGGCCGUUGUCUGCUCGAUGCCCCUCCUGACGGCGACGUCGACAUGACGCCCAGUCAAGAGUUACAGGAGACCAGCUGCGCCGUCGACACCAGCCCAGCAGUCGCUGUCCGCCAAUCCCCGCACUUGACCCCAGACGACACGCAGUAUUUUGGUCGAUAUACCCGCCAUCACAGUCGACCUCAGUCGCCGGCCUACAAUGUGGCCCCUGUAGUCGGUAAUCGGUUCGUUAGGGACGCUCCCUUACUCACGCCAGGUGUUCCUCGAUCGCAAAACGCCAGUCCAUUUCGCAUACCGAUGCCAUGUAUCACGCCCGGACAAGUGGCCUUCUCAGCCUUACAAUUUCUCCCAGUACCCGUGCUUGUUUUGGACGGCUUAAAGACGGUAGCUUUGGCAAACGAAGCCAUGGGAAGACUGCUCGGUAUGAUACCCGAAAAUGUUGGUGCCGACGGUGACGGCAUGGUACCCGUCGUGGACAUUCUUCGCGGCAAGACCCUGGCUCAGGUGGGCAUUGAUCUGGUUCAGGACGGCGUUCCGGUUUGGCUUGAUUGGGAGCAAUUUCUCAACCAAGCUGCUGUCGAAACGGGAGGUGGAAGUCCAUCGGCGACAGCCGACGGCGCCGUCGAGGUCGACGGAGAUGUCACGCCAAUACCGGAUGGAGCGAACGAUGGCCACGUUUUCAAUGGAAAACCCCAUGACCGCACGCCUACCCUCGCCAUCGAGGUGGUGAUUUCUCCCAAAGAUGUCACCAGUUCCACGUAUGAUCCUCGAGCAAGGCACAACUUGUCGGUUUCCCAAAGGCGUGCCAAAAUGAUCAUAUCGGUCUGGGAUGUCAGCGAAGGCCAAACUUUCUUCACGUUGACCUUCACCAACACCAACUCGGCUUUCAGCCCCGCCAUGAGUAGGAGAAAAUCGACGGCCAAAGCGAGUUAUUUGGAAGCUGCCGAGCGGAAGUCUAUACCUCAUGUCAGCAACCCACCUUCUGCGGCCUCUAGCAGGGACUCCAACGCUUCCUCCUCGUUCAAGCUCAGCCCUUCUGCCGUGUCCUUUUCCGCCAACCCGUUCCCCCCCUUUGGACCGCCCGCUGCCUCAGCACCCUCAAGCGCGCCGUCGGUACUCCAAAAGAUCAACAUCAUGAAGGAUGCCUUGCUUGACAACAUCCAGACGCCCAUCCUGGCCAUGUGGAGAGACGGAAGUGUAACGCUUCCCAACCGUGCUGCCCGCAACUUGUUUGUCCGAAACGCUGACCUUGACAAGUCGGCUGAUGGCUUUGAUCUGCUGCCAAACUGGGUGGUAUGGGACCAAGAUUUUACGAAGCAGCUGGAUCCGAGCGAGUAUCCGAUCGCUGUGCUGUUGCGAACCGAGAAGCCCUUUGUCGGCCUCCGCAUCGGGAUGCGUGAUGAGCAUGGGAAAAGUCUUAUUUUUGACGUGGAGGGGGUGGCGAUCAAGGAUGAGAACACGGGGGAGUUUCUCGCCGGCGUCGUGACAUGCCGGGAUGUGACCAGGCUUCAUGAGGAGCUGAACCAGAUCAAGGCGGCGGAUGAGGAGAGGUUUAGGCUUAUUUGUGACACGAUGCCGCAGUUGGUGUGGACGGCGACGCCUGAUGGGCAGCAUGAUUUUUAUAAUAGUCGGUGGUAUCAUUACACUGGCCUGUCCGAGGAAGACUCGUUUGGUGAGGGGUGGUCGAAGCCUUUUCAUCCGGAUGACAUGGUGGAGGCUGCGAAGCGGUGGAAGCACUCUCUUGCGACUGGCGAGCCCUACAUGACGGAGUACAGGUGUCGCAGCAAGGAUGGGGAGUGGAGGUGGUUUCUGGGGAGGGCGCUGCCGUUGCGGAAUAAGCAGACGGGCAAGAUUGAGAAGUGGUUUGGAACAUGCACCGACGUCCAUGAAAGCAUCGAGACCAAGAUCGAGGCUAACAGAACUCGGCAGCAGCUUCUCAGUGUUAUCGCUCUGUCUAACAUGACGAUGUUUACGGUCGACCUGAACCGGAAGAUCACCAUGAUUGAGGGAGCGCUGAUAUGGGACUAUCAGUGUGACAAUACCACCUCGCGCUGGUUUAUUGGGGAGGAUGUUUACGACGUGUUUAAUCGUCUUAACUCGCAGCUGCCAGAGGGACAGAUGCCGGCUUUCUUGAGUCCGCUGGAGUCUAUUCUUGAUGGGAGUACGACGAGGGAGGACUUUCAAGAGCAUGAGAUGGAUGGACGCUGGUACCGCACUCGGUUCCAACCCAUUCUAGGGAAAAGAAUCCGUGAGAGGGGGGAAGCAAACACCAUCAUCGAGGGCGUGAUAGGCCUCAUCAUGGAUGUUACCGAGCUCAAGGCGAGAGAACAGGACAUCCAGGCGCAGGCUCAAGAAAAGAGACAACUGGUGGCUAAUGAAGCUGCCGCCAAGGAGGCCAGCAGGUUGAAGUCGCAGUUUCUUGCUAAUAUGUCUCAUGAAAUUCGAACCCCCAUCACAGGCGUGAUCGGGAUGUCGGAGCUGCUUCUCGACGUUGAGCUCACGGAAGAACAACGAGACAUUACAGAAAACAUCUACCGCUCCGCCAACGCGCUGUUGACGGUCAUCAACGACAUUUUGGACUUUUCCAAGGUGGAGUCGGGGAGGCUCGACAUUGAAGAAGUCCAGUUCUCGCUCUCGGUUAUCGUCCGAGAUGUGUCCAAGAUGUUGAGCUUUGCCGCCGAGCGAAAAGAUUUGGCCUUUCAUUCCGACAUCUCGGAGGAUAUCGAGACUGACAUGGUGGUUAUGGGCGAUCCUGGGAGGGUGAGGCAGAUUAUCACGAAUCUGGUGACAAACAGCAUCAAGUUCACCAACCAUGGGCAUGUCAAGUUUUCGGUUUUCAAGGAGAAGGACACGCCCGAGAUCACCGAGAUAAAGUUUGUGAUCGAGGACACGGGGAUCGGGAUCGAGGAGGAGGUGAGGAAGAGGUUGUUUCAGCCUUUUAGUCAGGGUGACGCUUCGACGGCGAGGAAGUUUGGCGGGACGGGAUUGGGGUUGACGAUUUGCAAGCACCUGCUGGAUUUGAUGAAGGGGAGGAUGGUGCUCGAGUCCACUCUUGGGACGGGGACGACGGCCACGUUUUGGAUCCCGUUCAACAAGCCCCAGGGUGCUGCUCAAAAGUCCAGCCUUGUCCAGAUUGAUCCCAUUCCUGAUCGGUUGCAGUCGGAGAUGAGCGUCUCGUGCCACAGCUCGGAGUACGACCAUUCUAUGGGAACGCCCCCCGAGAUCGGUUCUGUACUUGGGGACAGGGGCCGUUCAUCGUGGCGCAACUCGUCGUCGGUCAACCUACCUAGUGUGUCCUCGCCUGAGGAAGACCUGUCCCUGGAAGAGAGGUCCAAGAUCCACAUUUUGGUUGUGGAGGACAAUGCUAUCAAUCAGCAGAUUGCCAUCAAAACGAUUCGAAAACUCGGCUUUAAUGUUGUUGCUGCCUGGAACGGGAAGGAGGCGCUGGAUUACCUGAUUGCGGCGGAGAAGGGGGAGAAGAAGAAGCCGGAUAUCAUUUUGAUGGAUGUGCAGAUGCCGCUGAUUGAUGGGUACAAGUGCACGCACUUGCUGAGGCACCACUUGCCGUACAAGUCUUUUGUGGGGGACGUGCCGAUCGUGGCCAUGACGGCGAGUGCGAUUCAGGGGGAUAGGGAGAAGUGCAAGAGGGCGGGGAUGGAUGAUUAUCUGAGCAAGCCGGUGAAGAGUAGGGUUUUGGAGAGGAUGUUGGUCAGGUGGGGGAGUAAGGGGAGGAAAGGGGGAAUGUUGGCGGUGGAUGAUGGGGUUGGGAGCAGUGUGGUGAGUGAUUGUUCGGAUUCGGGGGAGCAUUGUGAUAAUGCGGGGAUUCCGGGGGUUGGGGUGGAACAUGAUAGAGAGACGCAUGAGGAACUGCCCACGCCUAAGCCUGGGGGGGAGGGGAGGGAGGAAAGGGGGCAUUUUCCGGGGUAUACGGUCGUGAGUGAUGGGGUUGGGGUUAAAGGGCUGUCGAGGCCGGGGAGUGAGGAAAGGCUGGGGGGGGUGCCGAUGUCGCCUGUUAUUAAGCACUUUGAGGAGGACAAGGAGAGUGCGAUGCACAGUCGGGAUGAUAAGCUGGUUGGGGCGGCGGGGAUUGGGGGGGCGAAGAGUCCUUCCGUUCUUGGGGGGAAGAAGGAGGGGCUGGGGGAGAGGUUGACGGAGGAGAAUGUGGAGAGGUUCAAUUUGGAGGGGGGGCAAGGGGGAGGUAAAGGGGGGUACAUAUAA